UCACUCAAGUACUGGGACAGAUCACUGUUGUUUGUGUUUCAAAUACUUUUAGUGAGAGUUACAUUUAGUAAUGGAUUUUAAAGCGGUGAAAUUGCUUUUUUGUGUCAUUUGUCUGGCGCAGGCAACCCUUGAGCAGAGCUCGACAAAGAAAACAAAUGGAAAAAAAGAGUCUGCUAACAGUGCUGCUAUUGAGGAGCUGAAGAAGCAGAUAGAAGAGAUUGUGCAGGAUCUGAAUCUGUUGAAGGAACAGCAAGCUUUGCAAACAGUUUGCCUGAAAGGCAUCAAGAUCCCCGGCAAAUGUUUUCUUGCCAACACGAUGAAGAUGACCUUUCACGCAGCCAACGAUGAUUGCAUAGCAAAAGGUGGGACACUUAGCAGCCCUCUUUCUGGUGAUGAGAAUGACCAGCUGUACGCAUAUGUCCGCCAGACCAUCGGGCCAGAAGGGCACAUCUGGUUGGGCAUCAAUGACAUUUCCACAGAGGGGGAAUGGACAGACAAGACCGGCUCCACCAUACGCUUCAAGAACUGGGAAUCAGAGAUCACCCACCAACCUGAUGGCGGCCGAAGUCAGAACUGUGCCAUCCUCUCCACCACAGCCAAUGGAAAGUGGUUUGAUGAGGACUGCCGUGAUGCCAAGGCCUCCGUCUGCCAGUUCAACAUUGUCUGAGCUCCUUGCUGUUAUUGCAGCAAUGGGAGGACCAAUUCCCUAUUAAUACCCAUGGUUUUGAAAUGAAAUGCUCAACAAACACAAACAGAUGUGGUGUUUGGGUCUCCUCCAUAUACCUUCGGCAGUGUCGUGUAGUUCACAUACUGCUUUUUGUAGCUGCAUUUGCUAGAGUUCAAAAUUCAAAUCUUCCUAUCCGUCUAGUGUAUGGGUUAAAAAAAAUUUUUUUUAAAAAUUGGAAAGCUGUGGUAGAGCGAAACAACUGUCUGUGGUCCAACCAGCUUAAUUUAGUUUUUAUUUUAUUUUAGAACCACAUGACAAAAUGCAAUGGGCAAAUUAUUGUCCAUUUUCAAUGAAUACAUCUCUAAAUCCAUCUUGCAAAUAUGCUCAAAUGAAUGUUUUUACACAAAGAGUUGUGUUGUGGUGUUUGAUCUGUAGUGAGUAAUGAAUGAAUGAAUACCCCAUUUGCCCAGUUGUGAUGUUGGAAGGCUGUUCCAACAUCAAAGAUGGCGGAAGGCAACUCUGCAGUAGACGGAAGUGCAUGACUUUGAGAAGUUAUUUCAAUUUUUCAUGCCGAAUUUCAAUAAUAUUAAGGCGUUAAGUAUGAUAUAGCUUAUAAUCAAAUAAAAAGCUAAUGACUUAU